GGCGCUGCGUUGGUGCUAGGCUGCCGUAUUCAAAGAGGACGCGAAAGGACAGUGGGGCUCGUGCUGCGAGGGCAGGUGUAACGCCGAGGUGACAGACAAAGUUCGUCGUUGCACACCGUCUGCGGAUGAUGAUGGCGGUAGUGGUAUUGGCGGCGGCGGCGAUUGCGGUGUUGUCCAGAUUUACUGGAGGAGUGUGCGAAGGGAAACAGGGGUGCUGCUACGUUGGCCAGAGAAGCGCGCGAGAUGUGUGUGUGUGUGUGUGUGUGUGUGUGGGCUCUCCUAUAGAAUCAAGGGGCCAAAAUGGGGCAGGCCCUGGCGAAGAAGACGAGGGAGAAAGGGGGGGAAAGGGAAUUAGGGUCGCGAGGGGGGGAAAGGGGGGGGGAAUCGCCAAAGGGCAGCAGCGGCGAUGGCGAUGAUGAGGAGGAUAGGUUGGGUAGUGGUUGAUCGAUCGUCGAGGAACGGGAGAUGAGUAGCGAUUCGAUUUGGUGGGCGCCUGCACUCAGCGGCUGGCUAUUGGCGAUGAGGCUGCGACGAUGAGAGGGGGGGCCAGGGGAGAAAGG